ACUUGUCUCCCGUUAUAUAGUGCAUCGUGGCUCAGCCCUCCGCCAAUUGGAGCACUACAGAAACUCAAGAAUCUUUCGAACAAUCCUAUUGGUCUGUUUCUUAGUAUGACGAAUCAUAUAAAUACAUACGAUUCGGUUAAGCAUCAUUUCUGAAACAGAACUUGAGGGAUUUCUUUGUGUUACGAUUUUAUAAAUUAAAAUAUUUCUCUUUCGAAGAACUUAAAUAUGUCUGGACGUGGAAAAGGUGGUAAAGUGAAGGGAAAGGUAAAGUCACGAUCGAAUAGAGCUGGAUUACAAUUUCCAGUUGGCCGUAUCCAUCGGCUUUUAAGGAAAGGUAAUUAUGCCGAACGCGUUGGAGCUGGAGCGCCAGUUUACUUGGCAGCAGUGAUGGAAUAUCUAGCUGCUGAAGUUCUCGAAUUGGCCGGAAAUGCAGCUCGCGAUAACAAAAAAACAAGAAUUAUUCCAAGACAUUUGCAAUUAGCGAUUCGAAAUGACGAAGAAUUGAAUAAACUCUUGUCUGGCGUGACUAUUGCUCAGGGUGGUGUCUUGCCAAACAUACAAGCUGUUUUGCUCCCAAAGAAGACAGAAAAGAAAGCAUAAUUAAAAAUCUAUAAAGAAAAAACGGUCCUUUUUAGGGCCACCAAAUUGGUUUUUUCUUAAGGAAUUAUCUCGUUUCUAUUACGUUACUAAUAAUUUUGUAUAAACAAAAGUAUAUCUUCUAAAUACAUACGAAUUUUAUUUUUUAUAAUUAGAAUUGUUUUCAAUUUCUUUUUUAACGAAAUUUUAUGAAAUUAAUGGUAUUAAAUACUUUA